ACAAUAAUUCGCACGCCGUCGUAACUCGUCAGCCGUGUCCGUAUUAUCGUCGUAUGUAUAUUCGUAUAUUGUUUUGUAAAAAUACGAUAUAAUUGCGUGGACGAUACACCCUAAGACGAACAUAAUAAAAUAUUAACACAAUAUAUUAUACUAUUAUCUACGCUGAAUCGUUGUAUGGYAUUGGACAACGAAUACAGAAAAAAAAUACUCUAUACCUAUUGCCAUAAUAAUAUUAUCAGCUGCGUGUAACGGUCGAAACCGCGCGGUCCAGUUAAAGUUUGUUCUCCUCCCCSGGACGCGUUGAGGGARAGUGAGCGUUCGAAACCGCGAGACAUUUUAAUUUAAAAACAAUAUGCACUUUGCUCCGAAAUAGUAUAUUCAAUCGGUUUUACCACAAUAGUAUGAACUUGCAGGUCCAUAAUUCGGAGUAUCUACUGAAACGCUGGGCGAACAAUUUAACGAGACACGUUAACGUACCGUCGGCACACGAAAUGUUCCACAACACAACGGCGCGUAAUGUAAGCGGUUUAUGGACGAAAAAUGCGGCCGGGAUGGAACAGGCRGCGGUCAUCGAGGAGCUGAUCGCUGAGUUCUCGUCGUCUCAAAUGAAAUUCACCGAAACGAGAAGUAUCAUGUUGAUCGGUCUCUACGUCCCGUUGUUCUUGGUCGCAGCCAUAGCGAAUUCCGUGGUCAUCGUCGUGGUCAUCAAGUACCACUACAUGCGGAGUGUAACAAACUACUUUUUGGUGAACUUGUCCAUCGCCGAUCUUCUAGUGACAUUCAUAUGUAUGCCAAUGGCCGUUGGACAGUCGGUGACCGGUCUAUGGCUGUACGGCGAAACUAUGUGCAAAUUAACAUCAUAUUUACAAGGAGUUUCAGUUGGAGCAAGCGUUUUUACCAUAGCUGCAAUGAGUAUCGAUAGAUAUUUAGCCAUCGAACAUUCGAUGUCAUUCAGAAAAGUACUCAAUCGAAAAUCAACCAUCUAUGUUAGGAUGGUACGCGAGAGACGUAGAGUAGCAAGAAUACUCUUUGUCUUAGCAGUAAUAUUUGCUUUAUGUUGGUUACCAUACAACUUAUUAACACUUUUUUUAGACUUAGAUAUCGCACUUGAUAAAUUUGGUCUAGAUCAGGAGUAUUUAAUGAAGUGGUAUCCUUUCACACUACUUUUAGGCCAUGCGAAUUCAGCGAUCAACCCUCUGCUGUAUUGUUUUAUGACGAGGAAUUUUCGAAGAACAAUUAAGGGUUUCGUAUGUAAUACUGGAAUCGCUAAACCGAGAAGACGAAAUCGAUGCAAAAAAGGGCUGACCGAAAAAAGCACAACAAGUGGAUACGGCUCGUUCCGCAACCCACGUCGGCUGUGUUUCACCCUAGCCCAGCUACGCCAAAACAAUACAGUCCAAACACGAACUGCAACGAUAUCAAACCUUGCUGUUCUGUAAAUGAAAAAGAGUUCAUUUUGUAAUAUUAUAUUGUAUUAAUUUGCUUGAAUUAAUUUGUAUAUCUAUAUAAUUAAUGUAUUAUAAUGUAUA